AUGUCGUGUUGGUGCUGCUUCAGAAGCGCUCGAAGUCUCGACGUGGCGAACAUACAAGCGCGAUUUCAACCGCAAGAUGAUGACUUGUGGUUCGACGCGCGCGAGCACUGGGACGGCGCAGAGGCGAACGUUGGAGACGAUUGCGGCGAGGUGACGAUGGAGAACGUGGGCAUCAAGCCCGGGACGGAGUUCCCUUUCGUCUUGGGGGAGGUUUGGGAGCAAGAAGAGCACCAGAUGCACGCGGCGUCGGCGAUCAGAGAGAUGAAGGCGAAGGUGCGACACCUGCUGCGACAAGCGCACGAGGAGGCGGUGCGGCAGGCGGAGGAGGAGGCGGCGGAGUUGGAGCGGCUUGGGACGAUGACGCCAGAGAAGAGGGAGAUGCACGAGCGCAUCAAGGCUGGGCAGCCCACGCAGGAGUUGGUGGGGAUGACGAAGCACUUGAAGGUUGGUCAAGACUUGACGGAUAUCGAGCUGCCACCUUCGUUCUUUGUGCCCUUUAGCACGAUCCAGGUGGCGGAGGACGUAGUUUACGUCAUCGAGGCAUGUACGAAUGAUUGGAGCGAUCUGAAGCAUCCUGAUCCGGAGGUUCGCAUCGCGCGCUUGGUGAAGUUCUACCUGGAUAUGACAGCUAUCCGAACCGACGCCGGUUCGAGUGCCGGGGCCAAGUCUCCAUACACUUUUUCGGCGAUGAAGAAGCCGUUGAAUCCGAUUCUGGGCGAGACGCAUCGGAUCAAGUGUGGGAAGACCGCGUACGUAGCCGAGCAAGUGUGCCAUCACCCGCCCAUCACUACAUGGGAUCUGAGAAAUGAGGACAUCGGGUUGCACGUCUCCGCCGACGUCAAGGCGAAACCUGUGUUCAGGGGGACAUCCGUUCAAGUUCUCAUCGGCGGCGAAAUGCGAUUUGAAAACUUGCAUACGGGCGAAAAGUACGUGAUGGACUUCCCAUCAUUAUUUAUAAGGUUUUUCGGCCUCACAGGGAGCUAUUCAGAGACGGUUGGGAACAUUUCACUGAGGCGCGUCAGCGACGGACCUGAGCUGCGCUGCGACAUGCACUUUAAACCGCGCGGCACCGCCGGUCUGAAGAGUCACGCGUGUAAAGUCGAGGGGACGAUCGUGAACGAAAAGGGUGCGCACUCGCACUUCAAGGGCAAGUUCAGUGAAACAAUCGCGGAGGUAUCGGCGACAAAGGAACAUUUGGGACUGUUCUGGAGUCCUGCCUUGCCUCUCGCCGAGCCGCCGAGAGCGAUGACGCGACCGCUAAAUGGAUUUACCGAUAGUCACUGCUUGUGGGGUGAGUUCUUUCAGGCCUUGAUAGCCAAGGACAUGAAGACUGCGGCCAAGGCGAAGAAGAAGGCUGAGCGCGGGCAGCGUCGUCUGCACAAAGCGAUGAAGACGGGUGAGCUCCCGCCGUGGACGCCCACCAUGUUCUCCACCCGCGACGGCGAGCGCUGGGAGCUAAAAGACGAGUACGACGAGCGUGUGCAGCAGUCGUGGCUCAAGUACAUUGGGUUUAGGAUAUAUGAAUAG